AUGGACGACAGCUUGGAGCAUGCCAAUGUAUAUAUUUCGAACACCGUAAUGGAUGCUAUAGAGGUUGUUGCACGUCUCGGUCAGCGAUACUUGUGGGUGGAUGAGCUUUGCACGGUGCAAUCUGGUGAUGACGAGGACAAAGACACUAAUAUGGAGCGGAUGGAUCAAAUUUUGAACUACGCGCUCUUCACGGUCAUCGUCGCUGAUGGCUCCCAUGCGGAUGCCGGCAUCAAGGGCAUAGCUUCUAGGCGAGAUGUUGGGCGGCAAAUAUCCGAGGACGGUAUUCUUAAAAACGCGCGCAUGGUCUUGCCUGUCAAUAUCAAGAUGAGGUUUGAGCAGUGGGAAGAGAGGGCAUGUGCUUUUCAAGAAAAGCUGUUAUCGAGGAGACUGCUAGUGUUU